GUCUCUGGCCGUAAACUUUUUAGCCGCCAUACAGAGAAUUUGGUUUCCCAUCAAGCUAAGUGCGUGAGGAACAUAGUUGUAACAAGCAUAAAUCCCAGGAUGGACAUGGCUCGAGUGUUUCACAUGAAUGCUGGCACUGGAGAAACAAGUUAUGCUAACAAUUCCUUAUUACAGAAAAAGGUGCUUUCUUUAGUGAAGCCAAUAAGAGAGGAAGCCAUAUCCAGCUUCUAUAGAGAAAAGCUCCCUCGAAGCCUAGCAAUUGCAGAUUUGGGUUGUUCUUGUGGACCAAACACACUGUUUGUGACUUAUGAACUGAUUGAAAUUGUGGAGAUGCUAAGUAGAGACCUAAACCAUGAAUCUCCAGAAUACAUCAUCUUCUUGAACGACCUCCCAGGCAACGAUUUUAACAACAUCUUCAAGUCUCUUGAAUGCUUCAAGCAAAAGCUAAGGGGCCAGGUGGCAGAUGAUGGGAUUGAUCAAUGCUACAUCACUGGGGUUCCAAGUUCUUUCUAUGGCAGAAUUCUUCCUGCUUGUUCAUUGCAUUUUGUUCAUUCGUCCUCCAGUCUUCAUUGGCUAUCUCAAGUUCCUGAGGGUGCAGAGAACAAUAAGGGUAAUAUUUGCAUAACAAAGACGAGUCCCUUAAACGUCCAAAAUGCAUACUGCCAUCAAUUUCAAAGAGACUUCUCGUUGUUUCUCAAGUGCCGUGCUGAGGAACUUGGUGAAGGGGGUCGUAUGGUUAUUACACUCUUAGGAAGAAGCAGUGAGGACCUAUCAUGCGAUAAAUCUUGCUACAUAUGGGAGCUUUUAGCCAAAGCACUCAAUGAAAUGGUCUUGGAGGGAAUAAUAGAGGAAAAUCAGAUGAAUUCUUUCAACUUUCCUUUCUACACUCCAUCCUCAUCUGAAUUGAAACUAGAGAUUGAAAAAGAAGGCUCAUUCACUUUGAAUCACUUGGAAAUCUUUGAAUUAAGUUGGAAGGCAGCUUGUGGUGAUGAUGAGGAACUCAAUAAUAAUAAUAACAAUGAUGGAUACAAAGUUGCACAACUCAUGAGGGCUGGAACUGAAUCUAUGCUUGUGAACCACUUUGGAGAAGCUAUUAUCGACAAUGUUUUUCAUCGUUACCAACAUAUAUUAGCGGAUCGUAUGUCUAAGGAAAAAACUAUGUUCUUCUAUAUCACCCUAUCUUCGACCAAAACAACUUGACGAAGACAGCAUUAAUUAUAUGUUUCUAUAAUAGUACAUUAGCAAUGUGCAUCGGAUAUAUCAUCAUCUAUU